GUAUUUUUCGAAUUGGCUCUUUCUUUUACUUUUAACGUCGUCCAUCGGUUUCAGCCAUGGGCAAGUUUAUGAAACCAGGCAAAGUGGUGCUUGUGUUAAGUGGACGAUUUGCCGGAAGAAAGGCAGUCAUUGUUAAGAACCAUGACGAUGGUACACAAGACAAACCUUACGGACACGCCCUUGUAGCAGGAAUCGACCGCUACCCACGUAAAGUCACCAGAAAGAUGGGCAAGAAGAAGAUGAAGGACAGGUCCAAGCUCAAGGCUUUCUUAAGGGUGUACAACUACAACCACCUUAUGCCCACAAGAUACUCAGUGGAUGUUAACCUAGACAAAUCUGCUGUCAACAAAGAUGCUUUCAGGGACCCAGCUCUGAAACGUAAAGCAAGGAGGGAUGUCAAAGCUAAAUUUGAAGAAAGGUACAAGACAGGAAAAAACAAAUGGUUUUUCCAGAAGUUACGGUUCUAAACAGACAAUAAAUUAUAAAAAAAAAAAAAAAAAA